GGCACCACGAACUCUGGGUUAACGAUAAGUGGGGGAUAAACUCAUCCAGGGUAUAAUACUCACCUGCAAGUACUCUCCGUUUACACUUUCCUUUGUCUCGUCAAUAGUCUUCUGCUGCUUAGGUGUAUUCGUACAGCACGUGAUAAGAUUUCAUUGAUCGUUGAUUAUCCAACUUCUAUGCAUAUUCAUUGUUCAGGCAUGCAAUCGACGAUGAUGGUAUUACCGGCGCUAGUUGUUGUGCUCUUGACUUUGGGAUCGACAAUGUCCCUCGAGACGUAUUCCGACAAAUACGACAACGUCAACGUAGACGUUAUUCUUCACAGCGACCGACUCCUAAACCGAUACAUAGCCUGCGUCUUGGACUACGGACCUUGCUCUCCGGACGGAAGAUAUUUCCGAACUAUUCUGCCCGACGCACUUGCCACGAACUGUGCUAAGUGUACGGACAAAAUGAAGGGUAAUGUUCGAAAGAUGUCGAACCACAUUAUGAAGCGGAGACCCGAGGACUGGGCCAAGUUUGUUCAGAAAUAUGACAUUGAUGGGAAGUACAAAGAAUCUUUCGCACGAUUUCUAAACGAACAGAGCUAACCGACGUGUGAUACCGCAUUACGAUUUCCAGUUUGAAUCUCGAAAUCUUCACUUCAGGCCAUUCGUCACUAAGUUUAUUUUACUUGAACUAUGUAUACUUGUAUACGAUAUAUCGUAUGGAAUUGUUGUCUAAAAUAAAAAAUACUCAUUUUUAUGAAUAAAUAAGUAAUGAUGCAUCGUCA